GCAGGAAACAACAGUCCAGCCCUCGAUGCGAGUUCGACACAGACCAGGAGCUGCUGCUGGUGAAAAUACGAGUUUCUGAGUGAAGGAGGGAGUCACAUUCGAGGAGAAGAUGUCUUUACUGGCAGUCCUGGUCCUUCUGGGGACAGCAGUGAUGGCUCACAGCGAGAUGCAUAGCCUCACAUACAUCUACACGUCCCUCUCCAAACCUAUGGGGCUCCCUGGCAUCCAUGAAUUCACUGCCAUGGGUCUGCUGGACGACAGGAUGAUUGACUACUUUGACAGUGACCACCAGAAGAAAGUCCCGAAACAGGACUGGAUGAAGGAGCGACUGGCUGCAGAUUAUUGGGAGAAAGGCACGCAGUCCCGCCAGAGCAAGCAGCAGUGGUUCAAAGUCAACAUCGAUAUCCUGAAGACUCGGCUGAGGCAGAACGACUCGGACAUCCACACCCUUCAGUGGAUGCACGGCUGUAAGGGUGAAACUCAGCCUGGCGGCACCCUGAAGUUCAUCAGUGGCAUGGAUAUGUACAGCUACGAUGGAAACGACUUUCUGUCCUUCGAUGAUUCAAAUGGAGUCUGGGUCGCACCGACUGUUGCGGCAGAACAAACCAAGAGGAAGUGGGAUAACGUCCAGGUCCUAAAAGAAUACACCAAAGGCUACCUGGAGAAGGAGUGUAUGGAUUGGCUGAGCAAGUUCGUAAAUUACGGAAAAAAGCAGCUUGAAGAAGCCAAGGCACCAAAGGUUCAUGUGUUUGCAAAGAACUGCAACGUCAAGACGAACGUAGCUUUGACGUGCCUGGCCACAGGUUUCCUCCCAAAAGACAUCGAGAUGUUUAUCAGAAGGAAGGAUCGCAUUCUAAAACGCGAAGACGGAGUGAAGAGCACAGGCUCUGUACCAAACAGCGAUGAAACCUACCAGAGGAGAGACAGCAUCGAGGUUGGGAGGAAUGACUUGGUGGAUUACACCUGUGAAGUGACUCACAUAGCAUCCGGCUACAGCGUUUCAAAGACUUGGGAUCGCAUCCUUCCUCCUCCAGAGGACGGCAGCUCUACAGGGAUCAUCGCUGGGGAAGUUGCAGGGGUUCUGCUCCUGAUUGGGGUCAUCGUGGGGGCUGUCCUUUACAAAAAAGGUGUUUUUGGCUCCAAACGUGCCCCCUCCUCACAAGGUUCAUCUCUACAAACGGUCUCAACUGAUCCCAUCCAUAAAACCAGCACCACCAGCACCGCCAGCACUCAAUAUCAACCUCUCAGUAAAGGAUCUGACAGUGGCAGUGACUCUGGUCUUUCCUCCAACAGUGGCAAAAAUGGCUCCAGUCCUGAGUCCCAGAGUCUGACGGGGAGUGCUGAGGGAAACUGAUCUGAAGCAGUUUUACUGUGAAGACUGGUGAUGCCAAAGGGGAAUUUGGAAAUCAACAUCAACCAAAAAAUUAUCAAAUUGAAAUCCCUGCCUGAAAAACUGAAGUUGUCCAGAAACGCUAUUUGAGCUCAAGCUAUAAAAAAAAAAGGCUUCAGGUAGUAAACCAUUGGAGCUCUUUGUCAAUAAGAGAUCAGGAAAUAGUUCCUGUGCUUGUCUGAAACGAGCAGGGUGAAGACAUCCUCGCCUUGAUGGGCGACGAGAAAUAAACAACUUACAAGAAAUAUGAGAAGUUGAAAAUUGAAGUAGCAUUGAACUGGAUGCUGUGAAGGAAGUUAAAAACUGUGUGCCUCACAUACAACAAUCCAGCGAUAGUAAAACACACAAAGCAAAAUAAUGAGGCAAUCAGUGAUUCAGGAAAAUAUUAUCAGGACGCAGGAAAUU